UGCCGCGCAAGUUUAUUGGUGAAAGAUUGGAUAAAACUUCGUACAAUUCUUCUACUAGCGCUAUACGUUGAAAUCAAAGUGUCUAAUUCGAAUGAUGCACCGCUAGAAAAGAGCUUGAAACACAGACUUACUUCUGUGAUAUUGGCAAAUCGACUUGAGAAAUAGAGACGGAGUGAGCUAUCAAUUUUUGAACAUAAUACAUCGCCACGAGUACGUUGCUUCUUAUCGAGAGUAUUUUCGCGAGUUUGCGUAGAGAUGCGUAUAGGCCAGGAGCCGGGUCAGCAUAUCGGCCCUGAACGGAAAAUGUGCGCCUUCCACACAACGCUGAUAUCGAGUCAUCCGCAUGCGAGAGUGAUAGGACCGAGAAAGAGCUUACUUUCACCAUCGCCGACAGCUUGGCCAUCUCCUAUAUAUCUUUCGCAUCUAGGAUUUCCCCCAGUUGUGGAUUCUUUCGUUCUUGUGCUGCUUACUCUUGCAGUUCAACUCGGCGAUCUCAAGCUCCACGAGCCAAUCAUCCCCCCUCCUCUACACCACGCCGCACCGAGUCAAGAUCCAAAUCAAGCCUGGAGGAAUAAGUGGCUACGGGAUGCAAGGACCAGACGGAGAUGGAAAGGAGCCAUGACCGAAUGUGCUUGCAAAUGUUACCUAUUCAUUCCUCCCCAUCUAUACCGCCAUUGGGGAGAAGAAGUUGGAACACCCUCAAGGAUGUUGUCAUUCGGUGACUCGCCUUCGCAACAACUGACAUGUUUAGAAGCUUCACUUUGUCUCCACGGCAUCUCUGGCAGAGUGUUCAGCACGGACAGGUAUCUCACGGUACCUGCUCCAACCAAUGCCAGUUCUAACACCGAUUCAUCUGUGUACGCCACCCAUCUCCACCAGUCUCCACCCUUAAACAAUGUCACCUCGCUCUCUCCCUCUCUCUCCACAACUCAUGCAAUAACAUUAACAAGGUGGUUUUCACUGGUUUUCACAGCCAAUAUCAGGCCUUAUAGGCUCACUUGGUUACAGCAAUAUAAGUAAAAGAUCCGUUGGCGCGUCCAACGCUGUCCGUUGGGGAUUUUUGUAUUGGAAUAUAGAACUGAAAACCCUAUAAAACAGAAGUCCAUUAUCCUUAUGAUUCCGAGUUCGGUCCGUUAUCGCACUUUCCUACACCAAGAUUAAUAUUCGCUCAUU